AAUGACAAUAAAAUAUCUGAUGAAAAUAUUAUUUUCUCUAACAGAUAAGAUUUUAAUUUAAAGAAGAGAUAUUAUCAAUCACUAAAACCUUAAUCAGUUUCACUUGGUAAAGCUCUCUUCCUCUCCUCCUUCUUCACUCUAUCUAAUGGCGCUUCCAAGCACAGUCUCAUCUCCUUCCUUCAAAUCAACACCACCGUAUCUCUCCUCCUUCACUCAUAAACCUCUACGUCUCCCAGCUACAUACCGGAGCAUAAACAGUCGAAGCUGUAAACUCAGCUCCUCCUUCAGAUGCUCAUCCUCCUCCUUCUCCGAGAAGCACCACAACGCGAACCCACCCAAAUCAGAUGACCUCGGCGAGCUCCCUCUCUUCCCACUACCUCUCGUUCUCUUCCCCGGCGCAACCAUCCCGCUUCAGAUCUUCGAGUUCCGUUACCGAGUCAUGAUGCAAACUCUCCUCCAGUCCGAUCUCAGAUUCGGCGUCGUUUACUCCGACGCCGUAUCAGGCUCCGCAGCCGGAAUCGGAUGCGUCGGAGAGAUCGUGAAACACGAGCGUCUCGUCGACGAUCGAUUCUUCCUAAUCUGCAAAGGCCAGGAGCGGUUCCGCGUCACGGAUCUCGUCCGUACGAAACCUUACCUCGUCGCGAAGGUGACGUGGCUCGAAGAUCGACCGUCCGGUGAAGAGAACCUUGACGAAUUGGCGAACGAGGUUGAGGUUCUGAUGAAAGAAGUGAUUCGUUUGUCGAAUAGAUUGAAUGGGAAACCAGAUAAGGAAUCGCAGGAUCUGAGGAAGAAUCAGUUCCCUACUCCGUUCUCGUUCUUCGUCGGAAGCACGUUCGAAGGAGCUCCGAUGGAGCAGCAAGCGUUGCUUGAGCUUGAGGAUACGGCGGCUAGGUUAAAGAGAGAGAGGGAGACGCUUAGGAAUACGCUCAAUUACUUGACUGCAGCUUCUGCUGUGAAAGAUGUCUUCCCAUCGCAGCCGUAGGUGGUACCUAGAAAAUUUCUGGUCUCUCUUUAAUGUGUUUUCAGUUAUUGGAUUACAUUAUAUUUUGAUCAAUGUGUAAAGUUUCAGAAACUUAGGUACUAGAUAUGGUGGAGUUGUUUCAUAGGAUCGUUAUAGUUGGAUUGCUCAUGAAAAGUGUUUUACUUUUUAUUGGCUCUGUGAUAAAAGAAUAGUCUAGUGAUGCAAGUAUGGUUCUUAAUACCCGAAUCCAUGCUUUUCAUUAAAGAAGUUUGCUUAAUCAGAGUUUGAAUGACAAAUCUUUGAUUGCUUCUGUGAUCAUUUAGUUGGAUUGAUAUAGAAGAAGGUUUUUCUC